UGUUCUGUCUUUGUUUUGUGCAGGAGUUCUCAAGAUGGCAGCAACAGUAGAAUUCAACAAUGUCCAUUCAGUAUCGGAAAUGCCAGAAGAAGAUGGUGCUAAGCAGAGUUUCCAUCCCAGAAUGUUCUUGGAACCUCAAGAGAAGAAAAGGAGCAUGAAGGCACUGGUGGUUAAGCAAGCAAAGAAAACUUGCAGCUGCACUCCAGCCAAAGUUAAAGACUGUGUUUUCAAUCUCCUUCCCGUCUUACAGUGGCUUCCCAAAUACAAACUGAAGGAGUAUCUACUGGGAGACCUAAUGUCUGGUCUGAUUGUGGGAGUUCUGCUAGUCCCACAGUCAAUCGCCUAUUCGCUCCUGGCUGGACAGGAGCCUAUUUAUGGCCUGUAUACAUCCUUUUUUGCAAGCAUUAUUUAUUUCAUAUUUGGUACCUCCCGCCACAUCUCAGUUGGCAUUUUUGGGGUGCUUUGUCUGAUGGUGGGACAGGUCGUGGACCGUGAGGUACAGAGAGCUGGCUAUGACUUAGAGCCAGCUGCUCUUAGAGUCCAUGCAGAAGCAGUAACAUACAUAAACACCACCAGUUCUCCUGUGAAUCAAACAUCUCAUCAUCCAUUCUGUGAUAAAAGCUGCUAUGCAAUUACCGUGGGAGCCACGAUGACCUUCAUAGCUGGUGUUUAUCAGGUGGCCAUGGGCUUCUUUCAAGUGGGCUUUGUCUCAGUGUACCUCUCCGAUUCACUGCUCAGCGGAUUUGUCACAGGUGCCUCCUUUACCAUCCUAACCUCACAAGCCAAGUAUCUCCUGGGCCUAGACAUUCCCCGGAGCAAUGGCAUCGGCUCCUUUGUAACCACAUGGAUAAACAUCUUCAGAAACAUACAUAGGACCAACUUCUGUGAUCUCAUCACCAGCCUCUUGUGCUUUCUUGUUCUCAUCCCAUCCAAAGAGCUUAACGAACACUUUAAGUCCAGGCUCAAGGCUCCAAUACCAGUUGAAUUAGCUGUGAUUGUGGUAGCUACUUUGACGUCUCACUUUGGGAAGCUAAGAGAGAAUUAUGGCUCAAGUGUUGCUGGACACAUCCCAACAGGCUUUCUCCCUCCUCGUCCUCCAGACUGGAACCUGAUUCCUAGCGUGGCUUUGGAUGCUCUCCCCAUAGCUAUUAUUGGCUUUGCCAUCACUGUCUCCCUCUCAGAGAUGUUUGCCAAGAAGCAUGGUUACACUGUGAAGGCCAAUCAAGAGAUGUAUGCCAUUGGCUUCUGCAACAUCAUUCCCUCCUUCUUCCAUUGCUUUACAACAAGUGCAGCUCUUGCCAAGACUCUUGUCAAAGAGUCCACAGGAUGUAGGACACAAGUAUCUGGCCUGUUGACUGCCUUGGUCAUCCUAUUAGUCCUUCUUGUGAUUGCACCUCUGUUUUAUUCCCUUCAGAAAUGUGUCCUUGCUGUCAUAACCAUUGUGAACCUCAGAGGAGCCCUGCGGAAGUUCAAGGACCUACCCAAAAUGUGGCAUUUGAGCAAAGUGGACACAGUGAUCUGGCUAGUUACAAUGGCAUCCUCAGCACUCAUCAGUACUGAGAUUGGGCUUUUGGUUGGCGUUUGCUUCUCUAUGCUCUGUGUCAUUUUUCGAACUCAGAGGCCAGAGGCACCGCUGCUCGGCUGGGUGGCAGAGUCUGAAACAUAUGAAUCCCUGUCUGCCUACAAGAACUUGCAAACCAAGCCGGGCGUCAUGGUGUUCCGUUUUGAAGCGCCCCUGUACUACAUCAACAAAGAAUGCUUUAAAUCCACCUUGUACAAGCAAACUGGGGUCAACCCAGUCUGGGUGAAGGCAGCAAAGAAGAAGGCUGCGAAGAGGAUGGUUAGAGAGAAAGAGGUGGAUUCCAGGGGCAAACUGACCAGCAUCUCGAUGGAACUUGUGCCUGAACCCCUGGGGUUUCACACGAUAGUGAUUGACUGCUGUGCAAUGCAGUUCCUGGACACAGCCGGAAUCCGUGCGCUCAAAGAGGUCUGCAAGGACUACGGAGAGAUAGAGGUCCAGGUGCUACUGGCCCAGUGCAACCCUUCUGUGAGGAGCUCCCUCAUCCGGGGAGAGUUCUUCAAGGAAGGGGAGGACCACCUUCUCUUCCACAGCGUGCACCAGGCUGUGGACUUUGCAUUGGGCGCAUGGGAGCACAACAGGAGCUGUGCUUCUAAAAACUAGUUGGGGGGUGGCAGCAAUCUUGAACAGGUCACCCCACACUGUGAGCGUGGGUUGGUAUAUUUAUAUGUGCCUUUUACAUGCACUCAGAUAGAUGAAAAGAGGCAAGCUGGUUGUUAAUGCAUUGGGUACUACCAGCGUGUUCUGAUGCUUUAAUUUGCCUGACCAAUGAUUCAGUAAGUGGUACUAAAUGAAGGAAACUCUUAACUUGAUCGUGGUCUAUCUGGAAAACUAGGAGUUUACAAAUAGAUAUGUUCAUCUCACAUCUUAUCUCAUUUUUCUUCUCAUUUCUCAUCUCAUUUCUCUUCUCUCUUGAACUUUCCAUGUCCCUGCUGCCCCCUGAUUUUAGACCUGCCCCCUCAUCGACACUGAGGUCUUUGUCACAACCCUAUCUUUCUGCGGGGGACUUGGUUUUGAUACUAUCCUUCUUUCCCAGUGAACUGAAGGAUAUGCGGCCGUCCCUUUGCUGUCCCUAGUUCUGUCGAUGUGCUGCCACGUGCUCACACCCACAUGUUAUCAAAGGAAUGACUGACAGGAACUGUUUGCUCUGGAGUGAUUAGUUAGUGAUUUUAUUUCUAAGAACAGCUUGUAACCACCUGUCCCUGCUAGAUACCUUGUCUUUAACAGUACAGCCCAUGGAGGCGUGCUUAUCUGAUUUCUGUGUGGGUUUUUACAUGCCGGGAAAGUUUGCCUCUUUAGCUUGAAUCUCCUCGGAUAAUCUGGACUGAUUUUUAUUCAGAAAUGAUUUAGAAAUCUGGUUCAUGGUUAAUCAUCUGUUUUCCUAAUAUUUAGGAUCUCAUCAAAAUGAAAUGGGCUGUCCAGCCUCUCUCUGAAUUUGUCAAUGUUGCAGAGAUUUCAUGUGUUGUUGAAUACAAAUGUUAUUGAAUCUAGAGCCUUUACACGUGCCUGGGCAUGGACUUUAUGUAAUGGGAACGGACAGGCCAAGAAAUACAGGCAGUAGAAAGAGAGAGAAAAAUUUUCAACUGAAAGUUGUUUCCUUAUAUUAGUGUAAAUAGAAUUUGCUACCUUGUUUUUAAAUUAUCCGGAACAAUGAAGAAUGCCCAUUUUUCCUGUGAAAGUACAAGCACUUAUUAGGGAAAGAUUCUAUUUUCUAAUGGCAACAGCAUACAAUUAUGAAGGCAGAAUUGAAGGACUAAUUUUUUUUUACUAAGUACUAGCUAUAUGUUGCUCACAGUAUGUGCUUGGAAGAUGAUACUUCUCCCAGAGGAAUUUACAGUCUGACUUGCCAAUUCUUCAUGGCUUUUAAAAGGGAAAAGAUGUGUCAUGAAACAUUUUCUAAAUAGAGUUAUAUUUUGGGGAGUGUUUUGUUUGUUGUUUUUUCUAGGAUUGGUAGAUUUUCCCGACUUUCUAUGAAAGCUAAAAUUGUCAUGCGUGAUUUCACUUUCAGCGUUAGGACCUCAAGAGGAGCAAUAAACAGCAAAAAGACUAAUACCAGGACUUGGCAAUCUCUAUAUGUUAGCUUGAAAUGACUACAUUUUCUAGGGUAAAAUAGAAGCAAACAGAAGAAAUACUGUGUGGCAGGGAGGGUGGCUGUAGCAAAUACUAAGCAGAUAAUUGAGACGUCCUGAAUUAUGUCAAUUAUGUUGGCUCUUUGCAAGAGGAAGUGACGGAUCUCCAAAUAUCAGAAAAAAAGUGAAGCUUCCACACAACGUUCAGAAACCUAAAUAUUUUUCUUUCUCAGCCUGAAGACAUGUUUGCACAAGGAAAUGAAUCUAAAAUAGCCACUGCUGAUUUUUUUUUCCCCUUUCUGCAAUAACUUGCAUGCCAACUUUUUCAUUCUGUGCUAAUGCAGUUUGUCUAAUUGUAAUUACCGGUUUAGCAUUACAAAGUGGAUUAACCUAAGCCAUACAAAAGCAGCUAGUGUGUUUAAGAAUGCCUACACAGGGAGUGAAUAGCAGAUAGCAGGAUUUUAGUCCUCACCCAGUUUGUUUUGUGUUUGAUUCCCAUUCAUAGCCCCUGGGCCAAUGUCAAGAGAGAGGAGUGAGAGCUUGGCAGCCGGGACUGCCGGGCUCCUGCUUCGGGAAGCUGCGGGUGGCUGCUGGUCACCGCUGCCCUGCUCCUGGCAGCAGCAGAGAAGGCAGAUACCCACACACGGGAGUUCAGUGGUAGGUGGUGCCGGGACCUGGAGGAAUCGCCUUUCGACAGGUUUGUUCACAGUACCAAAAGGCAUCACUAGAAGUUAAAUUUUAAACAAGAGCCUGUAUAUCAUUUUAUACACUGAUUUUAGCAGCAAUACUUUUCCAGAGAGCAGAGUUGUGCUAGGUGCAGUUUCUCACCCCCUUGCCAGCUCAGCCCCUCUGUCACAGCUCAGACCCAGAGAGCUGAGAGGGAGUGUGAGAGGAAGGAGGAGCAGGAGACUUCCCAGGCAGGUCAGCAGGGGCGGACAGAAACAAAGUAGAAUUGCCUGGGGUGAUUCUUUCCCCUUUGCAUUCAAGACGUUUUUCUUUUUUCCAGCACUCUUUAUUUACACAUUGUCCAACAGGAGAUUCUUUGCCCUGUGAGCUUGUGCAGCCAAAUUCUAGAUGGAAACAGUAAUCAUUUGUCAAACACCAUUUUUUCAAAUCCAGAGUAUGAAGGUAGAGUUGGCAAUGUUAAUUCUAAGAGAUAGAGGCUUUCCACAGCUGGCAGGGUGCUUGCAUGUACCUCUUGGGUAUUUGCAUAAAAGCUCUCCAUAACAGUCAUGAAUUGGAUAUCAAAGAAUUAAUUUAGAUCACGGUUAAAAAGAUGCAUGGUAAUGAUUUAUGUUUAGCUAGCACGCAUCUCACUUUGCCACUGUGCUAUUUGCACAGUGACUAACGGCAAUUUAUCUUCCGAAUUCUAUUUCAAACAAAGUACAAAAAAAAAGACAGAUUAAAAUGUAACAGCAAGAGCAGCCAGCCAACCAAAAGAUCAACUUUUUAUAUUUCUACUUAGUAUAAUAUCCAGAAGUCAUGGCUUAUAUUCUAUAUUAAUGCACAGAGCCUCAGGUAGACGGUAGCAGAAAUAAAUACCAGUUGCUGGAUCAUUGAGUACACUAGUCCUUUGGCAUUAACUAAAGAUUAGAGUUUAUCAUGUUUGGAAUCUCUUAAAGUAGUGUUUUUUCAGGCUUCUUCCUUAUAGGCCCUGUACUAAUUUUUUAUGAGAGGCAUGAAUCUAAGCAAGUUGGAGAGGAACCAUCUAUUGAUAGGAAACGUAUUCUUUGGCAUAUGUUUUAUGGACCCUUUAGAAAUAAUCCAAUUUCACAUUCAGGAUUCAAGGAUCACAUGUUGUAAAUUGGUUUGCUAAAGAAUUGUUUUAUAAAUACAUUUCAGUUUUUUAUUUAUAUUUUUUGCUGAUUGUAUGAUAUAUGCAGUAGUUAUAUGUGAUGUGCCUUUGUGAUGUGCCUGUUUCUGCUCUGCAAAGAACUCUUCUCCUUUCUGUAGUUCUAAGAGUACCAGAUUUCAAAAGGGAAUUGUGCCAUAGUCCUGUCUUCUAGCCAACCACAGAGCUUAAUUUGUGAUCUAUAGAAAGAUGAAACCCCCGUGUUCAUUUCUGUAAGCAUAUGGGAAUAUCUGUAUGACAAAAACAGUGACAUUAAUCCCAAAUGCAGCCUUCAGAACCUGCAGAGCAAUCUGCAGACCAGAGUGGCAGAUUGUAUAAACUAGUUGAACUCCAUUGGCUCUGUUCCCAAGUGUCCUAAUCGGGCAAUUAUCAGUCUAAAUGAGGAAUUAAUAGAUCAUUAGUACAUUCAUUAAUGAUAACAACACAACAUUAUGGAGAUGAAUACUCAGUCUCAGUUAUACUCUUGCCAAAUGUCAGUCACACUUUUUACUUUUAUUGCUGCUAUAUAUAGUAGUUUCAAUUGCUCCUAAUGUGGCAAUUGCAUUAAUAAAUGAUUGACUUGUGUGAAUGUUUUCACACUGAAAUAGUUUUCAGUCCAUUUUAUAGAACAGGGAAAUGAACUAGGGUGGUGUACACAGUAUUUGUUUGGGGUAUCGUAAACUUCACCUUUCUACUCUUUUGUGGUCCUCAUUUCCUUGUAAAUCAUUGCAGCUCCCGCUCCUUUUCUCUAAAAUGCUGCGUGAGCAUUAAGAAGUCAACCCACUUUGACACUUGCUUCUGUGUUUUGCUGUAACUAGCAUUGCAUAUGAUUGACUGUAAACAGAGAAAUAUUACCUUUGUACAUAGUGCUAUUACCUGUGACCUGCUACUCAGUUUUGAUGCCAAAUCUGGUAAAAGCUAAAACGCUUUUAACAAAGAAUAACCAACCCAAGUGCACUCCGGGUUGUGAGGCUGGGGCAAGGGGAUUUGUGGCAGCUGCAAAGGGGGGAACCUGUGUGUGCAACCCUCGUGGGAGAGGCAGGCCCUGCAGCCUAAGCAAAGCACGUUGAAUGUGCAAGGGUUUGGGAAGAAGGACAAGCAAUGCCUUCCAGGAAAAAUAAGAUAAUAUAGAGAUGUCUUUAUUACAAGGACACUACGUAUACACAAUUCUGUGCCUUUUCCACAAGGAGUGUCCAUGGGGACCUGGUUCCUGUUUGGUGCUGCUGUAAGUCAAUGUUCAAUGCUAAAUAUAGACAGGAUUUCUGUUUUCAUGCUUAUUUGUGUAUGAUUUAAUCUGAUUCUGGACUUGGCUCUCUUAUCCUGGAUAGAAUAGCUUCCAUUACUUCUGCAGUCAUUCCCUUCCUGGAUAUAGCAGUGAACACACAGAUUCUGUUCUCUCUCGAGAAAGCAACCAGCAGUUCCUGCAUCUCUACCAGCUUCUGCUGACUUGUGCCAAAUGGGUCUGAGGUGCAGAGUCAGAAUAGAGCAUCCGUGUGAGCAUCCUGGCUGUGGCACUGGGAUUUUGAGUUAGUUGAUACCCACAGCCUCCCACAGCAUUGUGCUGAGAUCAGCUGUGAACUUGUGUCCGUGCUGCAUCCUUCAUCUCCAUUGCUGUGCAGCCUUCCAUGGUGUGGGCCAGGCUUUCUGUGACCAAACCUGACUUGAGAAAACCAGCAAAACUGCACAUCUCCUUGGGCUUAGUUCCUCGACUUUCACCCRAGGACAGUCUCGCGCUUAGUUCUCUGCCAUGAGCAGCAGUGCUGUUGGUGCUAAGAGCUUUUAAAUAGGUUGGAGCGGAGUCAUCCCUGCGUUCUCAGGGUGAUGCCCCUUUCAGAAACGGUGCAGGAGCUCCCAGGCCGACCUCGCGCUGAGCCACAGCGGUGCAGAGCUCGCCUGGACUCUCUGCUGGCCCUCAGUCCCUCUGUGCUGUCACAGGGGCCUGGCUAGCCAGCAGGAGAGCACUGGAGUAGAAGAUCAUAGACACUGAAGCAAGAGGAGAUCCUACUAGUCAGGGUGAAAAUACGUACUAUUUAUUCAGGCAAAUAGCAGAUAUUUUCUUCUGUGUGUUCUCCCCACACACACUCUUUGGGAAAAUGAUUUAGUGACUGAGAUGAUCAACAAUUUUUUUUUUUAACUAACAUAAUUAAACUAAUUAAGCUGGGAUGCAGAUAGGAGCCAUCUAUUGCUAGUGCAACGCAAGGUGCUUUAUAUUUGUGUAGCUUAUUUGCUUUGUAGAAUCUCA